AUGAAAGCAUCCUGCUUAGUUGCAUUGGUUAUAUUAGCCUCAAUAUCUACAACAUUGGCCACCAAAGGUAUCGAUUUGAGUGCCUCAUUCAACAAUUUCUCUUGUGUGAAAAAUGCUGGCUAUUCUUUUGCUAUCGUCAGAGGGUACAAGAGUUUUGGUGAAGUAGACACAGUAGGUCAUUAAAAUCUUAAGAACGCCAAGGCUGCAGGUUUGAUUGGUGAUGCCUACUUUUUCCCAUGCAAAGGAAAAAAGACUGCUUCCGCUUAAGUAACUGAGUUCGAUAAUGUAUUUGGUUCAGAAUACGGAACAGUUUGGAUUGAUGUUGAAUCCAACCCAAGUACUGGAUGCGGAUGGAGUAGUUCUGAUCACACAGGAAAUUGCCAAUUUUUAUAGGAUCUUGUGAAUGCCUUUACUGCCAAGAAGAGAUUAGUAGGAAUCUAUGCUUCUUAAUAUUAAUGGUCAACCAUUAUGGGAUCAGCUUCAGCUUGUGCUAAAUUUACUUCUCAUCCUCUUUGGUACGCUCAUUACGACAACAGUGCAUCCUUCAGUGAUUAUGCCAAAUACGCUUUGGGUGGAUGGACUACACCAUCAAUCAAAUAAUAUGUUGGUGACACAACCUUAUGUUCAGUUGGAGUCGAUUUGAAUUUCUAUUGAAUAACAUAUUUAAUAAGAUAUAUCUUAAUAUAAAAUUA